ACGUGUAUCCAUAUUGAAAAUUGCUUCUAUUUUUGAACAAGAAACACAAAGAAAAUCAUUGUUCCUACUCCAAGGUUUACUUGAACGAAAUCCACUAUUUUCCCACACUUCAUAUUCUUCUGCUUCCAUUUUCCCUACUUUUCUAAAGUGUGUAAACACUUUAUAUUUUAUUAUAGUGUACUUCAUCCGUAUUUUAAAAAGAGAUACACUUUCCUUAAGCUGACGUAUUUUAAAAAGAGAUAGCACUUUUUUUUUGACAUGUUUUGUCACAUUUCCAAUUGUAUUAAUAUUUCUUUCUUAUGGUCCACACACUUACUCACGUCCUUUUUUUUUACUACAAUAUAUAAUUCAUUCACUGACCCAUUUUCAUCUUAUUUUAACAAAUUCAACUCACUCUCCUAAAACUAUUUGUCGGUCAAAGUGUAUGUCUUUUUACAAUACGGAGUGAGUACAUAAUAAUCUCUUAAUUGGUUCCUGAAUCCUUACAAUAGUUUGACUUCUAGACUAUUCAUAAUUUUAACCCUAUUUUCUUCCUAAUAUCUAAAAAUAAAAUGUUAUUAUGUUAGAUGUUGUUGGAUUAAUUUUAAUUGCAUAUUAUCACGGCUAAAUUAGUAUCUUGAGAAGUGUAUCAGACUAUCAGUCAAACGGUUGUAAAUACAGUAUUCAGGAACAUACACGGAGGGAAUACGUCGUUAUAUCAAUAAAUCUUAGUACUCCAAAGUAGCUUACCUAUUCUCAUAUGUGAGUUCCAAAAAAUUAAAAUUUAAAAAUAAGAAAUUCUUUAAAUUGAAUUUGCCCCCUCGUAUCAAAUAUGACCUUUUUCCUCGUUUAAUUUGGGGGGUGGUUGAGCUAUCUAUCAAAUUCUAUGAACUACUCACAUUUAAUUCCUCUAUAAUCCAGCUUCCUAGCAGCUCAUACUUUCUUUCUACUACUACUUUUACACACACUAUAAAUACCCUAACCAAACACACCCUCCACAAAACCAUUCAAUAUUUCAUUCCCCAAACAAUUUUAAAAAAACAAAAAAUUAAAAAUAAAAAACCUCCUUCUUCAUCACUCUUUUUCUAACAACCAUACCUAGACAUAAAAGCUUAAUCUCCAAUUUGAUGGGAUUUUGAUUAAUUCUCCAAUUUUAGGUCAUCUUCUCGUAGACUUUCUUACAUACACUUUUCUCUUCUUCUUUGUUUAAUCAAUAUUUUUUCUUGUCAAGUGUAGACUAUAUUACAAACAUUCAUUCAACAAUUAACCAUCAUUUUUUUAAAAGCUUAGGUUAUACAAGAAAAUUAUUCAUCUGCUAAACAAGCUACCUAGAAAGAGAGUGUUUUUUUGUUGUAAUAAAAAUGGCGAGCAUUGAGAUGGAUAAGGAGAGAUUAAUGGCGGAAAUGGCGUUCAAAGACGAAGCAUCUAUCGUCAUUAAAAUCCGUCGAAGAUUACCAGAUUUUCUUCAGUCUGUCAAACUUAAGUACGUCAAGUUAGGCUAUGGAAACUAUUGUACAACACCCACUUCAGUUUUCGUGUUUCUCGUUGCUCUGCCUCUACUGUUGUCCACUUUAGUUCAGCUAACCGGUCUAAGAAUGGACCGGGUUUCUGAUCUUUGGACCAACCGGGCCGUCUUCAUCGACACAGCUACCGGGUUGAUGGGCUUAGUUGUCUUGCUAGUUGUACUGGGGGUGUACUGGGCCAACCGAACCCGACGAGUUUACCUCGUUGAUUUCGCGUGUUACAAACCGGAAGACGAGCGGAAAAUGUCGGUUGACUCGUUCCUUAAAAUGACCGUUAACUCCGGUGCGUUUAACGACGAAAUGGUCCAUUUCCAAGAGCGGAUCGCAACCCGGUCCGGUUUAGGAGACGAGACUUAUUUCGCAAGAGGAAUCACGUCUCAACCGCCGAAUUUGUCAAUGGAAGAGGCUCGAGCCGAGGCCGAGUCAGUAAUAUUCAACACGGUUGAUGCCCUUUUGGAAAAAACCGGGGUUAAACCGGAAGAUAUUGAUAUUUUAAUUGUAAACUGUAGUUUAUUCAACCCAACCCCGUCACUUUCCUCAAUGAUUGUCAACCACUACAAAUUAAAACCCUCAAUCAAAACCUACAAUUUAGGUGGUAUGGGCUGCAGUGCGGGCCUUAUAUCUAUUGAUUUAGCCAAACACUUACUCAAAGCCCGGCCCAAUUCAAACGCCUUAGUUUUCAGCACAGAAAACAUCACCCAAAAUUGGUAUUUCGGUAACGACCGAUCCAUGCUUUUAUGCAACUGUAUUUUCCGGAUGGGUGGGGCAGCCGUUUUACUCUCAAACAAGCCGAAAGACCGUCGUAUAGCCAAAUAUGAGUUGGUCCAUACAGUCCGUACUCAUAAGGGUUCGGACGACAACAGUUACAACUGCGUCUUCCAAAGAGAAGACGAAAAGGGGCUAGUUGGUGUGUCCCUAGCACGCGAGUUGAUGGCAGUUGCAGGUGACGCGCUUAAAACAAACAUAACUACCUUGGGCCCACUUGUGUUACCAUGGUCAGAGCAGCUCAUGUUCUUAGCAACCCUGAUUAGGAGAAAGGUGUUAAAACAAGUUAGAGUCAAACCUUAUAUUCCUGACUUUAAGAAGGCUUUUGAGCAUUUUUGCAUUCAUGCUGGUGGAAGGGCAGUGUUGGAUGAGAUAGAGAAGAAUCUUCAGCUUACUAAUUGGCAUAUGGAACCUUCUAGAAUGACACUUCAUAGGUUCGGGAACACGUCGAGUAGUUCGCUUUGGUACGAGUUGGCUUACACCGAAGCUAAGGGUCGGGUCAAGGGUGGUGACCGGGUUUGGCAAAUCGCGUUUGGGUCGGGUUUUAAGUGUAAUAGCGCGGUUUGGAAGUCGUUAAGGAAGGUUGAGGUUGGGAAAUGCAGGACUAAUCCAUGGGUUGAUUCGGUGGAUAAGUAUCCUGUCAAGAUUAAUCUUGCUUAGGUAAGAUAAUUACGUUAAUUAGUGCUAUCAUUAUUACAUUAAUUAGUGCUAUCAUUAUUAAGUUAGUUGGUUGGAAGGGGGGAGGAUGUCAAUGUGUUGGUUGUAAUUUAAUGGUGUUUUGGAUAAUUGGAUUUGUUCAAUUUGUAGUACUUUUGUAAAAUGGUUACGUUGUUUGUUUGAGGUGCAUAUAUCUGUAAUUUGUUUCAUUAUUUGAAGAAAUAUUCACUUGCAAUUGUAUCAUCAACUGAAAAUUAUUAUUUCAAAGAAAUGAAAAUUCAUUCUUUCUAGAUUCGA